AUGGUCCAGAAAAGCCUUACUAGAACAGUGCUAGAGGGAGGGGAUCUUGACGCACUCCUUGUGCGUAAAGAACAAGAAUGGAAAGAUCUCCAGGCUCACCGCAUCCACCGAGGGGAGACAGCACUGCGGGACACGACUGGUCAGUUGAAAGAGCAGAGAGAGAAGUUUGACAGGCUGAAGGAGGAUUUCAGGUAUAACCUGCGGAUCCCGGAGGAGAGAGACCAGGAGUUAGAUCGCUACGACACCAUGUUCAGCCGGCUGAAGAUACUGAAGAGCACCAAGCAAGCAGAAUCCAGUGAGCCGCGCAUCCAGAUAGCCACAGUGCGUGAAGAUCUCCAGCAUCAGUACCAGCAAAGGGUUAAAGAACAUCAGCUUGAAUUAGAAAAAGUGCAUGGCCUGAAGGACUGCGAUUUCCAGCAGUAUCGCCAGAAGUACGGGGUGGAGGGGGAGCUGGCAUUGAAUCAACAAGAGCUGAUGGUGGAGUUUGACAGUGAGAUGAGAAGGAGAGAGCAUGAAUUCAAUCUGAUAAUUGAUGAGCAAUUGAGCAAUGUCAUUUUCUCACAUGACCUCAGGGUUAAAUUACUGACAAAUGAGUUGGAGGUUUACAGAGAUGCUCGAGACAAGUGUGCUGUUUCCCUGCAAGCAGCAGAAAAUAUUGCCCGCGAGAUGGAGAAGGAGAUCAGACACAAGGAAUUGGAGACCAAAGAUGUUUUGUCUGUCAAGGAUGCAUGGAUAAAAGAACUGGAAGAUAAACUUGAUGUGCUGGAGUUAAACUGGAAGAAAGAAGAAGAAAUAUUCACCAGAAAGCACCAGGAGUUGGACCGCUUUGCCCAUGAAAGGGGCGCAGUGCUGGUGACCGUGAAGGAGGCCCAUGCUGAGCAGGUUCGGGACCUGGAGCAGAAACUCAGGGAGCUGCAGACCAGACUAGAGACCCUGGAAAUGGAGAAGCGGAGACUGGAGUGGAACCACAUAGACUCCUUGAGGGAGAAAGAAGAGCAGCUGGAAAAAUGCCAAUCCAUCCUGCUGUGCUUCGCGGUGAGCUGGAUACAAUGGGAUGCUUACAUUGCUCAGGUGUCCAAGAAAACAGUUGCAAAGGACAUGCAGGUCCAGUCUCUGGCAGAACAGGGGUCCAAGGAGCAGACAGAGCUGGCCAGAUAUAAGGAGAAUGUGGAGUACAAAUAUCAACUGUUUCAAACUCUGGAGCAGGCCAAGGUACAGGCAGAGCUGGACUGGCAGAGGCGCUGUGAGGAUGCAGAGAGAAACCAGUACUUAAAAAAUGAGGAGCUGGUUCAGGGGCUCAGUAAAGCCAGAGAUGAGAGAAUGGCUGAACUUUGGGAGACGGAGCGGGAGCUGCAGGAUAUGAAUGUGCUGGUGCAAAGUGUGACCAUCAAGAGGGACCAGUCCGUGGGUGUUUUACGCAAACAUGGAUUUCAUUCUGAGAGAGAGAGACACGGAAGAGAUCCACAGAAUGCAACAGCAGAACAGAAGCCUUUGUGCCGUCAUAGCAGAGAUGAGAAAAGAGAUGGAAACACCAGUGCUGCCAGGUCACAUGACACCAGCAUGUCAAUCACAGAGCCCAGGAAGAAGCCUGAUGUCUCUGUGGGCCCCUUCACACCAGGUAAAACAUGA